GUGUUAAUUGUAUGUUUUAUAACGAUGAUGAUGUAAGUUUAAGAAUUGUGGAUGGUUUCCAAGCGAGAAGUGGCCAAUUCCCUUAUAUGGCAAGUUUAAUUUUGAACAAUACUUUUCAAUGUGGUGGAACAAUAAUAACUCGCCAAUGGAUUUUAACGGCAUCGCAUUGUUUUAUUGAUCAGGAAACGCAAGAACGUUACGCCGCUGAAUAUUUUGAGGUAACAGUCGGAGAUAUUUAUUGGCGUUCAGGACGAAGAAACUCCGUUUUAAGAUACUUGACCCACGCAAAAUACAACGGGGAACAUUUCAAUAACGAUAUUGCUUUAGCUCAAGUGAAAUGGCCCUUUAAAUUCGAUUAUUACUCCCAACCGAUUAAAUUAAAUCGUUUACCUGUUAUGGAUCAUCUACAAAAUCUUUCAGUUAUAACAGCUGGUUGGGGAUUUUAUGUUAAUCCAAACGAUAAAGAGGAAAGCGAAUCAGAAUCUCCCGUUUUAUUAACGGUACAUUUAAAAACAAUCCCGAUGAAAUUGUGUAAAGAACAUUUCGAAGCCGAAGCUUUACCAUCAACGAAAAUUUGCGUUUCUUCAGCUACAAGAAAAGGAACUUGUCAAGGUGAUAGUGGUGGCCCAUUAAUUUAUAAUAACAAACAAAUUGGAGUUGUAAGUUCCGGUUAUCCAUGCCCAACGGAUAUCCCAGAACUAUACACAAGAAUUUCAUCGUUUUUCUUAUGGAUUCGAGAGAAUAUACGACGUUUAACACCUGGAGAAUUGAAAUAUCUUGUUUAA